GAGGGGAGCAUACGAAUUGCUGAUGAGCAAAACAACCGGUUGGUUGGGUGUUUUGGGAGAGGUGUUGUUUAACAAACUUUCUUGUUUACAUUUAAUUUAUUUCAAUUUCUUCAACAACUAAAGGGUGUGAUGUCUCUUCUAACAACAGCAAUACUGGAUUCUAGCCAACUGAAGCGAUUGGGUGAGCAUAAAUACAGCUCGCAUGGAAGUUCUAUCACGGAAGCCGUCAUGCAGCCGUUUUGGAAAUGGCUUAUCGAGAAGGUCCCUCGCUCGAUAGCUCCGAAUACAAUGACACUGUCAGGCCUAAUAUUAAAUAUUAUCAGCGCAGUUAUAUUGAUGUUAUAUUGUCCUACUGCAAAGGAAGAGGCACCAAGGUGGGCAUAUUUCUUUUGCGGUAUUUGUCUGUUCAUAUACCAAACGCUAGAUGCUUUGGAUGGAAAGCAAGCAAGGAGAACCAACAGUAGUACCCCGCUAGGUGAACUCUUUGAUCAUGGCUGUGAUGCUGUAUCAGCAGUCUUUGUAAGUAUUUCAACUUCAGUAACGUUGCAGCUUGGUGUUCAUCCGUUCGAGUGUUUCUUUUUGUGUUUUGUUGGACUGGCAUUAUUUUACACAGCUCAUUGGCAAACAUAUGUUUCUGGGACACUGCGAUUUGGAAAGUUUGAUGUGACUGAAACACAAGUAUCCAUUAUUUUCUGUCUAAUUAUUACAAGCUUUUUUGGACCAGCAAUGUGGUCCUACCAAAUACAUGGAUACAGAAUCAGCUUUCUGCUGCUUAUAUUUUCUACAUUCAUGUCAUUACUAUCUUUUCAAAAAUCAUUUGAAGUGAUCUUUGGUGGUGGAGGGUCCGGCCGCAACGGGUCAACAGUAGCUGGUACAAGUGUUUUAUCCCCUAUGAUGCAUUUUACUGCUGUUGUGUUGCUUGCAGUGAUGGUUAUGCAGAGAUCGCCAACACAAUUAUAUCAAAAUAACUGUUGUUUAUUCAUUCUUAUGUUUGGAAUGGUUUCUGCAAAAAUAACUAACAAACUAAUAGUGGCACAUAUGACUAAAAGUGGUAUGGAUUUUGCUGAUACCACUUUUUUGGGUCCAUUGAUGCUAUUCUUAAACCAAUACUUGGGAUUACCAAUUUCUAAUGAAAGUCUGGUUCUCUGGGCAGCUAUGGUAAGCAUUCCAAUUAAAAAUCAUAUUGAUCGUAUUGACAUCUAG